UUUUUAUCUUGUAUCUGUUUUGGUACACAAAGCAGAAGAAAGUAAAGCUCCAGUAUGAACGUUAUCGCAAUUCUCGCAUUUUUCGGCAUCAUUACCACUGCCUAUGCACGUAUUCGCAUUUGCCGAAAAUACUCGUUAAAAGGAAUUAAAUAUCCAGAUGAAAAAGAUUGUAGUAAAUACUACCUAUGCAGAUUUGGACUAUUGCUGUCUAAACAGUGUGAUGAUGGUCUCCUGUACAGUCCAGUAAGUGCAAGUUGUGUACCCCCUCAGCAGUCUGGAUGUAAGGCCUACGAAAGAUACAUCGAUGAAAGAAACAAGGAGUAUUGUAAUAUCGCCGGUGAUAGUGCCCUCUUCCCUAACGUUCUUCGAUGCAAUCAAUUCUAUGAAUGCGCCAAUGGNGAUAUCUAUAAACCGUAUCCAUUCAUAUAA